CACACGCUAGGUGAUUCGUACGAAACCGCAAGCAAAUGUCUGGAUAAGUUAUUAAUCGCAUUGACGAAGGAUCCACUGAAGAGAGAACAGUAUUUCAGCUUCAUGUCUGAAUACCGUUCGUUGGGCCACAUGGAAGAAGUGAGUGAGGACGACCGAAGCGGAUACUACAUUCCCCACCAUGCCGUAUACAAGGUCACGAGCUCCACCACGAAGAUUCGCGUCGUCUUCGAUGCUUCAGCAAGGACGACAACGGGAGUAGCAUUGAACGACAUCAAAAUACUCUGGGUGGAUGACAGUGGCGUGCGCACGGUGUACAAAUUGAGUACGGUGUCGUACGGAGUGGCUAGCUCCCCUUAUCAUGCAACGAGAACAUUGAUCCAGUUAGCAACAGACGAAGGCAAGACCUUUCCGCUCGCCGAGCAGGUGAUUCGGCAUGAUAGCUAUGUCGAUGACUUUUUAACUGGGGGAAAAACUGUGAAUGAAGUCGUCUCCAUCUACAAGGAAUUGUCAACGUUGCUGCAACUCGGUGGUUUUGGUGUCCACAAAUUUUGCUCAAACGAUCCGGCUGUACUGAGCGAAAUUCCAGAAGAAUUGCAAGAAACGUGCGUCAGUUUUGAGGACACAGGGAUCAACAACACCAUUCGAACACUUGGCUUGAUUUGGAAUCCACUGGAGGAUUACUUCACGUUUUGUGUUCAGACAAUCAACGAUGAAAUCUCGACUACGAAGCGAAAAGUCCUAUCCGACAUCGGACGAUUGUUCGAUCCUCUUGGGUUCCUUGGACCGAUCAUUACAGCAGCCAAGUUGGUGAUGCAGGACAUCUGGCGUGUUGGUUUGAACUGGGAUGACGAGCUGCCAGAAGAAAUUCAGCAGAAAUGGAUUCAGUUCCGGCGUCAGCUGCCGGUAGUGAACGAAAUGCGCAAGCCACGAUGUGUUAUUCCCGGUGAUGCGAUCCGCAUUAAACUACACGGUUAUUCGGACGCCUCUAAACGAGCCUAUGGAGCGGUCGUAUAUGCUAGAUGCAUCGCUGCAGACGGAUCAAUCAGUGUGAAACUGGUCGCGAGCAAGUCACGAGUUACCCCAAUCAAACCGGUAACGAUUCCUCGAUUAGAAUUGUGUGGCGCCAAGUUACUAGCAAAACUCGUGGAGAAAAUCACCUCGACAAUGAACGUCAAGUUCGACGACGUGACAUUAUGGGCCAAAUCAGCCAUCAAACGGAUCCUCUCGGGCUGCCAGAUCUGUGCCAAACGUCGACCUACUUUCGGCAAGCAGAUUAUGGGCGACCUUCCGGAGCAUCGUGUCACACCGGCACCCGUAUUCUCGAAGGUUGGAGUAGACUAUGCUGGACCCUUUCUACUGAAGCCUGAGUAA